AUGGAGAACCUCUGUAUACCUUUCCGCCAUUGUUACAGCUCCUUGUUUCUUCAUCAGUCACAGCAAAAACAUCUUAGUAAUUGUUCUUCGGCUUGUUUCUCUCUGGACAUCAAACAUGCGUCGUUUGAAACUACACCAAUCUCAGUUUCUCUUGAACCGUCGUCUUCAAGUUGGGAUCUUUUAUCCCAUGGAUGCGAUAAUUUGGUUUCUGUUAAAGCUACUCAUGCUCGGAUGAUAAGGUUGUUUGAUCGAUUCGACUUGGAGUUUAUCGCCAAGUGUUUGAUCUCUCGUUACCUUGAAUUCGGAGAAGUUGGGUAUGCUAGUGUUGUUUUCUUCCUGGGUUUUCCUCGGAAUCAAGUUUCAUGGAGGGAUUUCUUGGAAGAAAUCGAGAAUUUCGGAGCAGAGAAGUAUAGGGUUUUAGAGGAAUUUGUUCAGCUACAGAACAAUGGAGUCAAUUUCGAUGAAGUGGUUCUCGCUAUGGUUUUGAGAAUUUGUACUGUUCUAAUGAAUCGGUUUCUGGGUUUCACUAUCCAUGGCGGUUUGAUCAAGAGAGGACUUGGUGAUUUAGACACACGCUUGGUUUCUGCAUUGAUGGGUUUCUAUGGAAGAUGUGCGAGUUCGGAUAUCGCUAACAAGAUAUUCGAUGAAAUGCCUGAAAGAGAUGAUCUCGCAUGGAACGAGAUUACGAUGGUCAAUUUGCGGAGUGGGAGGUGGGAAAUGGCUGUGAAACUGUUCAGGGAGAUGCAGUUUUCUGGUGCAAAAGCUUAUGAUGGAACAAUUGUUAAGCUUUUGCAAGUUUGUAGCAACGAGGGAGGUUUAGCAGAAGGGAGACAGAUUCAUGGGUAUGUUCUGAGACUUGGGUUUGAAUCAAAUGUGUCGAUGUGUAACUCCUUGAUUGUCAUGUACUCAAGGAAUGGCAAGCUUGAAUCAUCCAGGAAGGUUUUCGAUUCGAUGAAAGACCGGAAUUUGUCUUCGUGGAACUCGAUUGUAUCGAGUUAUACUGCAUUUGGUUAUGUAGACGAUGCUAUGGGUCUUCUGGAAGAAAUGGAGAGAUGUGGUCCGAAACCAGAUAUAGUCACAUGGAACUCUCUUUUGUCAGGUCAUGCUUCUAAAGGCGGCUUAUCUGGAGAUGCCAUUGCGAUAGUGAAGAGAAUGCAAAUUGCUGGUCUGAAACCAAACACUAGCUCCAUAAGUAGUCUUCUUCAAGCUAUUGCUGAACCAGGGCUUCUUAAACUUGGAAAGGUAAUUCAUGGAUACGUAAUAAGAAAUCAGCUUUGGUACGAUGUGUAUGUAGAAACCACAUUGAUCGACAUGUAUGUGAAAACUGGCUGCUUGCCUUACGCCCAAAUGGUUUUUGAUAAAAUGGAUGAGAAGAACAUUGUUGCUUGGAAUUCUCUCGUCUCGGGGCUUUCAUAUGCGGGUCUGCUAAAAGAUGCUGAAGCUUUGAUGAGUAGAAUGGAGAAGGAAGGGAUCAAACCUGAUGAUGUUACAUGGAACAGUCUGGUUUUUGGGUAUGCGACUUUGGGAAAAACUGAGAAAGCUUUGACUGUGAUAGGGAAGAUGAAAAAGAACGGGGUAGCGCCUACUGUGGUUUCAUGGACUGCCAUUUUAUCGGGAUGUACCAAAAAUGGAAACUUCAGGAAUGCUCUCAAAGUUUUCAUCAAAAUGCAGGAAGAAGGUGUCUGCCCAAACUCAGCUACCAUAUCCAGCUUGCUUAGUGUAUUAGGUUGCUUGAGUCUAUUAUACAGUGGCAAAGAGGUUCACAGCUUCUGUUUGAAGAACAAUUUGAUCCGUGACGCAUAUGUUGCUACUGCACUUGUAGAUAUGUACACAAAAUCAGGGGAUCUGCGAAGCGCGUCUGAGGUUUUCUGGGGCAUUGAGAACAAACCGCUGGCUUCUUGGAACUGCAUGAUCAUGGGUUAUGCCAUGUUUGGGCAAGGUGAAGAAGGGAUCGCGGUUUUCAAUAGGAUGCUUGAAGCAGGCAUGGAAUCGGAUGCUAUAACAUUUACCUCUGUCUUGUCUGUCUGUAAGAACUCGGGACUUGUCCGCGAAGGGUGGAAAUACUUUGAUCUUAUGAGGUCCCAUUAUGGUGUAAUCCCAACUCUUGAACACUGCUCUUGUAUGGUAGAUAUGCUUGGGAGGUCUGGUUAUCUUGAUGAAGCCUGGGACUUCAUUCAAACAAUGCCAUUAAAACCGGACGCAACAAUUUGGGGUGCAUUUCUGUCAUCUUGUAAGAUCCACAGAGACCUAGAACUCGCGGAAGUCGCUUGGAAGAGGCUGCAAGUGCUGGAACCGCACAAUUCAGCUAACUACAUGACGAUGAUUAACUUGUACAGUAAUUUGAACAGAUGGGAAGAUGUUGACCACAUACGGGGCUCGAUGAGGAAUCACAGGGUGAGAAUCCAGAAUCUUUGGAGCCGGAUUCAGAUUGAUCAAACAGUUCACAUCUUCUAUGCGGAAGGAAAAGCACAUCCUGAUGAAGGAGAGAUAUACUUUGAGCUGUACAAAUUAGUCUCGGAGAUGAAGAAAUCAGGUUAUGUGCCAGACACAAGCUGUAUACACCUAAACGUAAGUGAAUCAGAGAAAGAGAAGUUGCUUAUGGGACAUACGGAGAAGUUGGCAAUAACAUAUGGACUCAUCAAGAAGAAAGGCUUAGCUCCUAUAAGAGUGUUCAAGAACACAAGUAUAUGUUCCGACUGUCACACCGUAGCAAAAUACAUAUCGGUUUUGAGAAACCGCGAGAUUUUCUUACACGAGGGGUCUCGAGUUCAUCAUUUUAGAGACGGCAAAUGUUCCUGUAAUGACUCCUGGUAA